AUGGGUUAUUCUUUUCUAAAAGCCAGUACCUACGAGCUCUUACGUAUCCUUGUGGUUAAGACCAAGGAACCAGCUAUUGAUGCUCCUCGUCGGCUGCUUCAAUUUGCAGUACGAGAUGCAUUGGGGACUUCUAGGCCGUCUAAUUCUGCAAAGGAGCCUGUAGUCAAGCGUCUUCGAUCUGUGGUGUCUACAGCCACUGGUGAUUCAUCCUCGGAUCAUCCUAGGAGGAUUCAAUCAGUAGCAAGAGUGGCAAAUCCCAUGGCAACUGCGAUCAAAGCUGUUGCAGAAGCUGCUGAGGAUGUAAUAAAGUUCAAGGCUUCUGGAAGUGUGUUUGACCGACUUAGUCGUGGUGCAGAGAUCUCAGAAUUUAGAGAAGCUGCUGAUAGGGGGGAUAGGGAUCAAGAAUAUGGUGAUUUUAACAAAUCUCAUGAACAACGACAACAAAUAUAUCAUCGAAUGAGUGAGUAUAGUGGAGAAUAUGUUGGGAACAGGACAAUGUUGGAAAGUGAAACUGCAUUGACUUCUGAUUCUUUCUCUGACAAUGAAGGGUAUGAUGAUCUGAGCAUUAUAGGACACAGACGCAUAGAUGAACCUCAAAGUGAUACGUAUCCGGUGAACACAGAUAACGACUCUAGGAUGGUGCAGUAUAAUGUAGGUAAUAAUGCCAAAAAUGUGAUGUGGGUAGAACAAACUAAAGACGAACUCAACCUGCUGCAGCAUCAACUGUUCACCGUAAGAACUGCUACAAACAUUGAGAAAGAAUCUCUAAAAACACUGAUGCCCAACCCUGGUGCAUAUACUGCUGGUCGCCCAUUAGAAGAUGCUGAUUCACGAACUAUUUUUGUCAGCAAUGUUCAUUUCGCUGCUACCAAGGAUAGUCUUUCCCGGCAUUUUAAUAAGUUUGGUGAAGUGCUAAAAGUAGUGAUAGUUACAGAUGCAGCAACAGGGCAACCAAAAGGGUCAGCUUAUGUUGAGUUCAUGCGAAAAGAAGCAGCAGAUAAUGCAUUGUCUUUGGAUGGAACCUCAUUUAUGUCGCGGAUCCUCAAGGUUGUGAAAAGAAGCUCAGCCCAACAAGAAACUGCUCCCAUCAUGACAUGGUCGCGUACUGCCCGAGGCUCUGCAUAUACUGGUGCAAGGUUUGCCAGAGUACCAUUCCCACGCGGUGUUCCUGGUGUAUUUAGGCCUCGACUGAUGGUUAAACCUGGUGCCAGAAGUAUGCAGUGGAAGCGCGAUGCACAGGUUGCUUCUGCUGAGAGUGGUUCUUCUGGUGCUGGGAACAGUGGAUCUAUUCCUACUCCUCGUAGCCUAACGUAUAUCCGAACAGAGCCUAAAUCAGAAGGUGUUCAAGUGCAGCAUAACUUAGCCAUUUAAAUAUUAUUCAAACUGCUAGAUAUUGUGAUUGCUCGAAUUUUGUCCAAUAUGUCCGAGUCAUGGUCAUGCCAGAUCUCAUUGCCGCGGAGCAGACAGAAAACCAUCAAAUUCUUUUUUGUUUUGCAAAUUUGAUUCUACUGUACAUGCAGAUAUUUUCUAGAAUGAGAGGAAAAUUCUGAAGAAGGAUAGAUUUUUGAGGCGUUUUCCAUGAUGAGGUCUGGAUAUAAGAGGAAGGGAAUGCCAUGAGAUCAUAUAGUUUAGUUGCUUUAGUGCUAUUCCUGCCUUGAUAUACCAGACCAGUUUAGAAAUUGUUUAUAGGUUGAUGGUGGCUGGUUUCUUUUUAUUUUUUUUUUUAUUUUUCCCUUGUUGGAGUGUAAGUUUUUAUGUUUUACUUUCUAAUAUAACUGGAAAAAAAAAAAAAGAAGGAAAAAUAGAACGUGAAUGGGGAAAAAGGAGGUGUUAAAGUAGAAGGGUAA